AUGACUCUUCUGGGGGCUUCGACGGGCGUCGUGGCAGCUGCUGAGGACGGCGGCGUUGUAGUUGAAGCACCUGGCAGUGGAAACGUCGGUAGCGUCGGUUGGACCACCUGGCAGCAAAGGAUAAAGUGGCUGCUCAUCUUCCCAACGACGGCUGGUUCAAUGAAUUUGGUGUUGAGGGAGGGCCAGCUGCUAAGGCACUCAAGCCAAAAUUUAAUGUUUUCUCAAAGAGUGAAAUCUCAUACUGGUUUGGAAGUGCCAGAAUUUGAUAUUAAGUAUCUAGUUGCUGCUGGUGUAGCCUCCAAGGGUGUUGGGCGUCUCCUUUUUAUCUUUGGCGGCACUAUGGGAGCUUAUCUUCUGGCUGUGCAACAGGUCAUCAUUACUCCUAUCCUGUAUGACUUCUACAACUAUGACACCGAAAAGAAAGAAUUCGACCUACUCUUUUCAAAGUUCUCACAGAACUUGGCUCUGCUUGGGGCAUUACUCUUCUUCAUUGGCACGAAGAACACAUUGCCCAGGAGACAACUCAAGAAAAAGGCUCCGAAAACCAAGACAGUUUGAAGGAGGAACUCAUGGUAAACCGAGGGUGAAUUGUUCGAUCUCGAUGUCUACUGCGAUAUAUUUUUGUAUGGUUUGUAGCAAUGCUUUGUUCUUCAGAGUUAGGGUUAGAAAGAGGGCAUAUUACGUUCACUUUGAUACUGUCACCUGCAAAGUUAAGUUCAUUUUGAUUUAAUUGAGUCUGAGGAAGAAUUUUAU